CGUAGCCACAACAAUGUUGUUUAAGUAUGUGUCGAAGAAUUUAGUGUCCGAAAGUGCUCUGUAGACUGUAAUAUUAUGUCAUUAUGUGUAGACGYUGGACAUUCCCAUUUUCAAGUUUAUAAAAUUAUAAAAUAUGACUACACAAAACCACUGGAUGCGAUUGGCGAGUCUUGUAAAGACUAACAAUAAUAUAACAAAUAAGAAUGAAAAAAAUCGGCUUAGUGGGUCAAAGCUGUUGGCUGACAUGAGAAAUGGUGAAAACCUUUCAAAAUGGGAACCAGAACUCUGUAUAAAAAUGUUACAGUUACCUGGCGUUGACAAUUAUUUGGCAAUCAAAAAAUUGAUAAAAAAAGCUGACAAGAAAUGGAUCGAAGAGUUCCUGCAGAGAGAUGGCUUGGGCACGCUAUUGAGCAGCUUGGGCGCGACAGGCGGAAAAUCACUCACGGACACAAUGGACCAGUUGCAAUGCGUCGAAUGCCUGCGAGCUGUCGUCAGGUCUCGGACCGGAUUGMAAUACAUAUCAACUCAUUUGGAAUAUUCUUCGUACUUGGCUUCAGUACUUGUAUGCAAUAAUACAACUAUAAAGCUUCAAGUGUACGAAUUGUUGUGCGCGUUGUGCGUGUUCUCCUCGGACGGAAUGGUUUUCGUCAAGUCUGUUUUGUCACACAUUAAGAUGAAACAAGAGUUGCGACACGAUUACGAAAUCGUAGUGAUGGAACUGCAGCUGGCGGAUACGUUCGCUUAUCAAACGACACUGUUGGCUUUCGUCAACUGUUUGAUACUCGUCGAACAGAAUCCUAGAAGGAGAACGUGCGUCAGAAAUGAAUUGAUCGCUCUUGGACUACGGACGGCUAUCGAUAAUAUGGAGGGUUACGAAGAUGACGCAUUACAAAUACAAAUCACCGUGUUCGAAGAGCAUCAGUUGGCCGACGAAAAUCAAUUUCCUCAGAAAUCACAUCAACAGCUAUUAAAUGAGUUACGGUCUAAGAUAUCAAAUACAUUAUACGACUCGUAUUUGCAAAACAUUUUAAUGCAAAUGGCUGAAAUGGAUUACAGCGAUACAAAAAUUAAUGACAUUUGGAAUUUGAUCAACGAAGUCAUCUGUAAUGAUCCACAAGCAAUAUUGGAUAUAUAUCGGAAAACUUCAAAAACACAUUCUACCGGGUCUCAAACUGACGAGAAAAGACUUAAUAAAGGUUUAUCUCCGAAUGCCCGACGUUGCAGCUUAAAUAUACCAAAAGAUAAGCGAACCACUAUUAAACUUAAAAGACCAUCACUGCCCGCACUUCCAGUCGUCAGCAAAUUAGGUGAACACACUAAUUCGAACCGGCGCCAUAUUAAAAAUCCUAUUCAAUGUUCUAUAUUUACUCAGACCGACCGUGCGUGUUGUUGUGACGGUAUUGGACUUACUGUAGUUGACAGUAAUCCCGAGCUGAAUAAUAACCGUCCAAAUUUAUUAGACGUUAACUGUGUAAAAAGAGAUACUUGUAAAUCGCUGGAAUUAUCAUGUGAAAGCUCAGUAAUACCACCUCCGCCACUUCUGUCAAAUCUUUCAGGAAUUCCAACUCCUCCACCAUUUCCAAUUUCAGCGCGAAUUCCACGCCCACCGCCGCUGCCAUCACCAUCUUCAUCACCUAUAAUUCCUCCUCCGCCACCUCUUCCAUCAACUGGAAUAUCACCACAAUCACUACCACCACCACCACCACCUCCUCCUUUACCAUUCAUGGMACCCCCACCACCUCCUUUGCCUGGAAUGACACCUCCUCCACCACCUCCUUUACCAACAUUGGCACCUCUACCACCUUCUCCUCCUAUAUCAGGAUUGAAGUCUUCAGAACUACUUAUGGUACCUGGAAAAGCUACUCAAUCAUUAACAACAUUGUCAUCGUCAAUGGAAUUGUUGGGACUUGGUAUUACUGAUGGUCAUCGGACAGUACCUACAAGAAGAACGAAUAACAAUAUUAAAUACUACUCAUUACCAAAAACCAAAAUGAAGACUUUGAACUGGACCAAGGUCAACAACCAAUAUUUGGACAACUCCAUUUGGUCGUCAGCGGACCCUCCUAAUUUAAAUAUAAACUUCAGAAAAAUUGACGAACUUUUUUGUCAAAAACCCAGAGCAAAAUCUUCACCAGCAGUUUUGUCACCUAACGGUGUUUCCAAAGCAAACGUUGUGAAUAUAUUAGACAAUAAUCGGAGUUUAGCGAUUAACAUAAUGCUGAAACAGUUUAAAUCCGGUUCAGACGAAAUCUUAGAAGCGCUCCAAAAUGGGACGUCAAUUCCUCUUGAAAAACUAAAAGGCCUUCAACGGGUUUUGCCCACAGACGAAGAAAUAAAAUUGAUAAAGAAAAAAGACACUAAUCAGUCUAUUAUCGGAUCGGCCGAGCUGUUUUGUCUACAACUCAAUAGCAUACCCAACUACCAGUUAAGAAUAAAACUUAUGAUCGAAAAAGAAGAACUGCCUUUCAUAAUAUCGGAAAUACACGGUCAACUGGAAAGCAUAAAAGAAAUGUGCGAUGACCUGAUAAAAAAUCAGCCGUUCAAACAAUUCUUGUCGCUUGUGUUAUUUAUCGGCAACUACUUAAAUGCUGGAAGCUAUGCCGGCAACGCAAGUGGAUUUACAUUGGAUACGUUGCCUAAAUUGCUCGAUACUAGAGCCAACAAACCUAGGGUUACUUUUCUCCAUUUCGUUGUCGAAGUGGCGCAGACGAACAAUAUGGAUGACAUACUGAGUUUCACUAAGUACACUGCGGCACUUAGGAAUCUCUCCAGGAUAUCUUUUUUAUCGUUGGAAGACGAAAUCAACAUAAAAACAAAACAGAUCAAGAGGUUGCAUUCAGAGCUGUCGAAACAAACGAAAAAACAGAUAUGCGCUCAAUUCUCAGAUUUUAUGAAGCAAGCCGUCAUUGAUAUCGAAACUUUAAACAAUGAGUAUAAAAGUGCGAUGGAGGUGAUUCAAAGAGUAGCUGUCCAUUUCGGCGAGGACGUUAACAAAUUUAAAAUCGAAGAAUGCUUUGCUUUGCUGGGAAAUUUCUUCGAGCGUAUCGACGUGGUUGCUAAGGAAAAUAUAAACCGCAGAAUUCAAGAGGAAAAGAAUAAAAUACUUACCGCUAAAUUGGAAAAAGAGAAGGACGUCUCAAAUGUUAAGAGGCGUGCACGAGGAUCUAUUGUACCUAAAGAUGAAGAAGUAUGCAUAGUGGAUUUGGUAUUGCGAGACAUUAGGAGAGGAUCGUUCAAUUUAAGAAGUGUAAAAUCUGAAGGUGAAAAGAACAUCUAACACGACAUACCAAAUAUUCAAAUUUUUAUAAAGAAACACACGCAAUGUGCAUAUUCCACACCAUCUAUGUUAUAAUAUAUUAUAAAUAAUUCCAGAAAGUUGAUUAGGUAUUAUUAUUUUAAAUAUAAAAAUACUUUAUCAUAUUGCUUUCUACCAAAAUACUAUUCAAAAGUAUCAAUCUUAGCAAAUAAGUACUAUCAAAAAAAACAUUGUAAUCUUAAUUUCUACCUUACAGUUAUUUUAUACUUAUUUAAUUUCUGUACUAUUUUUUUUAUGAAUUAUUGUUUUUUUUUUUUUUGACUUUAAUUCAUAUAUACUGUUCUUACCACUUUUUGUUCUUUUUUUUUUACGAUAAUUUAGUAUUAUAAUCAACACCUUAUUUAUACAUUGAUAUUAACAUUUACGAUGUCUCCUUAUUGUUUUUAUUUUUUAUAAACUCUUAUCGAGGAUUAUAGAAACAACUAAAAAUUUAUAUAUCAAUAGUUAUGUAGGUUUUAAUCUACUAGAAUCUAAAAUUUUCAUGUACAUUAGAUAAUUUAUGGAUUUUAUCGUGCCAUUAUAUGAGUUCAAAUGAUUUUA